AACGUCACGGGUUCGUUUAUUAAAAUAAAAAAAGUGUAUUGUGAAAAUACGAAAAAUAACACUUUCGCCAUUCAAAUAAUGUUAUAUAAAGCACAUUAAUCGUAGUGUUUUCCUAAGUGAGCUCUUAAUAUUGUUUAUAUUGCACACCUGGUAAAUGUUAAUAUGUAUACAUUCGCAGACAACGUCAUGAGAGUAUGACAAAACCAAAGAAAGGCAUAUCUCAAAGAUGGAAACGGAAGAUCGUUCGCGUGGAGCGACAACUUCCGGUGGUGGAACUCCCUACACACCAACGCCUGCUGGCGACGCCGGAAACAAAAUGGGAGCGAUACCGGCGAGCGUUCAUUAGGGGUUUCAAGAACUUUGUGAGUUUAUUAGUGUCCCACGUGGGUUUGACAUGCGCAGUGGUGGGGUACGCUAUUUUGGGCGGCUGGAUGUUCAAGGGCAUCGAGCUGUCCCAGGAGGCGGGAACGCGCGCACGCGCAAUGGACGUCACGAACGAGACGCUCGAGAAAAUCGUUGAUUUAUAUGAAGAGGCGGAGCCUCAUAUGGUUCUCGACAAGGCGACAUGGAACGAGCGAGUGAAUCGCAUGCUGAAGGACUAUGAACAGGAAGUGUUCCGGCUCACGCGGACGCUAGACUGGGACGGACGCUUCGAGGGCGAUGAGUACCAGUGGUCGUUCGCCAACUCCCUUCUCUACUCCGUCACCGUUAUCACCACCAUAGGAUACGGGAACAUCACCCCAAAGACAACUGCCGGUCGUCUGCUGACAAUUCUUUAUGGACUGGGGGGCAUUCCGCUCGCCAUGUUGUGUCUUGGAAACAUAGGUGACGUCAUGGCCAACGUUUUUCGGGUCUUCUAUCGUUGCGCAUGCGUAAAUAUGACGUAUCAGUAUAUCCGGUUCCGUCGACGUAGGUUGCGUCAAAGAUUGAUAAAGAGGCUUCAAAAGAAGGAAUGGGCAAAGAAAGCAAAGGCGUGGGCGAAACGGAACCAGGCUUUGGUAACGUCAGUUUUGAGAUUUACUGAUAAAGCCAAUAAACAACUCAGCGAAACAGUUGAUGCAAAAAAUGACCUCAUAAACGACGUUGCUGUUCGCAGCGCAAUCUCUGCGGAGGAUAUCUCAAAGUCACCCGUCGAGUGUCAGACAUAUGACGUCACACGAAGAUAUUCUGAAAGUGUACUAACUGGUGCAAAAGUUAAGAAAUCUCCGUCCAGAUUCGCGGCUGGAAACAAAGCUGCAACUUGCCAAAGUAAUUCCUCCUUCCGCGGUUUAAACGCAAUUCCUGAAGACGACGUCAUUGAAGUUCUCUCAGAUGACGUCAUUACCGGCAAUAACUCGAACAAGGAAAACAUUUCAGACAUUAUGUCGACGGCGACGACAGUGAGCUCGUUGUGCCUGAACGACUUUGACGACGACGAGCGGAUUCUAAAGCAGCGUCUGAAGGCAACACGUGACCAUGUGCCGAUCUCAAUGUGUCUGCUGCUGGUUACAGGCUACAUCAUCCUGGGCGCCUUUCUCUUUAUGGGAUGGGAGGGCUGGGACUUCCUCACGGGCUUCUACUUUUGCUUCAUCACGCUGACCACCAUCGGGCUCGGAGAUUUCGUUCCCGGGAUGGGGCGGCUGGACAGCGAUGCGCUCAGGGUUGCAUGCACGCUGUAUCUGCUGUUCGGCAUGGCGCUCCUCGCGAUGUCCUUCCAUUUGAUUCAGGAGGAAGUGACGCACAAGUGUCGCCGCCUUGCUGUUAGGAUGGGCUUGUUGGAGGAGAAGAUUAACCGGAUGUUGGAUCACUAUGACAACGACAAAAACCCCGUUGCAAGGGAGCUGGCUCUCUAGAUGGAAUUAUAGUACUAGUAUUAUAUCCUAGUGAUUGUAUGAAAGGAAACAGUUACUUGCGUGUUUAAAUGUUAAAAUGCACGUCGAAUAAAGUUCUUUUAAUCAA